AUCCUUAGCCACAGGUCAGGAAGACAGCCCCCAUAAGAACCAAGUCAUCCAUGUAAAGGUUUUUUUUCCUCGACAUUCUAGCGGCUGUCACUACAUUUGCUGGGGAAUUCUUGACGAGAUUCUACUUGUCCUUCCAUGCUGUGCUGUCUGUGGUUUCCUUGUUUCUUUUUGUGAUCGAGUUCCAGAUGGCUCAGCAGUGCGUCCCAAAUGAGUAUUUUGACAGAUUGCUUAAUGCUUGCAAACCGUGUCUCCUUCGAUGUCCUAACACCCCUCCUCUAGUGUGUGAGCGUUACUGUGAUGCAAUGAAAGGAACAAACGCGAUUCUCUGGACCUGCUUGGGCCUGAGCUUGAUAGUUUCUUUGACAGUUUUCGUGUUGAUGUUCUUGCUAAGGAAGAUGAACUCAGAACCAUUAAAGGACGAAUUUAAAGACACAGGGUCGGCUCUGCAGAAUGAGGCAGAGGCUGACGUGGAGGAUAGCAGGACCGACGCUCAAGUUCUUCUUCCGAGAGGCCUGGAGUACACGGUGGAAGAAUGUACCUGUGAAGACUGCGUCAAGAGCAAACCAAAGGUCGAUUCUGACCAUUUCUUUCCACUGCCGGCCAUGGAGGAAGGCGCGACCAUUCUUGUCACCACGAAAACCAGUGACUACUGCAAUAGCCUGCCAGUUGCUGUUAGCGUCACAGAGAUGGAGAAAUCAAUUUAUACUAGAUAAUUCACCUUUUCGACUGGUGUAGAGCUACUUUGAAAAUCUUUUGUCAGAGGAAAGGAUGAUGCAUUAGAUCUCUUUAGGAUGACUAUACUCCCCAGUUGCUGGUAUAGCUUUUUAUCCUCUAAUUCUGGAAAAUCUUUAUGUUAGCUUUAUUUCUUGGUCUUAUUGUUGGGAGCUUGACUAUGGAAACUUCCUUGGUUUCAUGAUUAAAUUCUUGACUCACUGAAAAAA